AUGUAUAUAUCAAAGAUAGGUAUCGGGUAUAGAUAUAGUGCAUAUAAUAUAGGUAGGUACCUCGUAUAUAUCGGAUAUAAAGAAGUAAUCAAGAAAGAAACGAAAAGAUUUAAAACUCUCAAAAAGCUGUUACAAGUUCUGUUACAAGUACUUGCAAACAACUAG